AAUCUGUGGUAGACUUUUGUUAGUGCAAGGGAAAUAACUAUAAUAAUUAUUUAUUCUGUCAACAGAGUUUCUUCUCCAUGUUUCAAAAUGUCGGGCCCACUGGUAAACAAUUUUGAGGUUCCUUCAUGGGCAGGUAAACCCCCAGCUGGUCUGCAUUUGGAUGUUCUUAAAGAUGGUAAAAUGAUACAGAAAUUGAUGAUUGAUGAAAAGAAAUGUUACUUCUUUGGCCGCAAUAAACAGCUGUGUGACUUUACAAUAGACCACUCAUCAUGCUCACGUGUGCAUUCUGCUUUGAUAUGGCAUCGGCACCUUGCGCGACCGUUUCUUAUAGACCUUGGCAGCACUCAUGGUACAUACAUUGGCCACAUACGACUUGAGUCUAAAAAACCACAGCAGAUUCCCAUAGACAGUGAAAUACAUUUUGGUGCAUCAACUCGCAUUUAUGUCAUCCGAGAGCGUCCACAGAUGGGUCUGAGCAACAUGGAUGAGAAAGAUGGAAAGAGAGAGGAUUCUGAGGGCAACUUGUUAGGUUUGCCAGAGUCUGAAACUGAAUUAGAUAAUCUCACAGAAUUCAACACAGCACACAACAGGCGAGUUAUAUCUGUGGCAGAUAUGCCUGAUGUUCCAAACCCACUCAAGCGCAAACACAAGACUUACCAUGUUAACUUUGCAGAUGAAGAAGAGAUUAUCAACCCAGAAGAUAUAGAUCCUUCCAUUGGUCGCUUUAGAAAUCUUGUUCAAACAACAGUCAUACCUUCAAAGCGAGGUAAACUGGACCUCAGUGUUGUCAACUCUGGUUUACAUCUACAAACAAACAAGAACCAGCACAACAGUCACAGUCUCUAUGGGGAUCUCCCCACAGCAGGCCCUGGCUCUAUGUUGGCCAACCCACUCAGCAUUGCAGCAAAACUUGGUCUGCCAGUUCCUAAUCUCGCCCCUGAUGUGGACUUUUUUGCACCUGUUCAACCCACAGUCCAGCCAGCAGCAAUCCCUGUGGCCAGUGUGGAAGAACAAGGUCCAAAAGAACCCAAAAAGAAGAAAUAUGCCAAGGAGGCGUGGCCUGGGAAGAAACCUACGCACAAUCUACUGGUGUGAUUGGUCUGUUUGUGUGCACGUUUUUGAGAAUGUUUACAGUGUACUGUAAUGAAAUAUGUUUUGUUGAAUGUUUAAAUCAUUGUACAGAAACUCCUUAGGUUUUUAUUGUGAGAUUCAUAGUCCAUUGAAUCACUGUUGCACAGAUUUGACUGGGUUCACUUUUGAACAUCAUACAUGUUAGAAGAGAAUAAAUGAAUAACUGUAUGGAUUGUUGCAUAUAUUAUAGAAAGCAGCUCCUUGGGCUAAAUUUAAUCAAAUUGAAGCAUUAACAAGAUUUGAAACCAAAGAUGUGAAACCACACAUGUUUUUCCAGCUAAAGGUGCUCAUGCUGUCCGGAAAAUGUGGUCCUAAAUAACAAAGAUAAGCUCACCAUUAUCAAAAUUUCAAGACCCAUUAGUGUUCAUAUCCAGCAGAUGUGGUCCUGCUACCAGGUUGGUUU